AAGCAGCCGCUGCUGGAUUUCAGUACACAGUCCGGGAGAAAGGCUAGUGAGGCCGGAUUCUACGUCAGUUCGCGAGCUGCCAGGUUGCCCGCGCUGGCCCUGCCGCCCUAAUAGCACCUAGCUGGACUUGCUCCUCUCGUCCCGGUUGCGCCAUGGAUCCUUCGGAGAAGAAGAUAUCCGUAUGGAUCUGCCAGGAGGAGAAGCUGGUGUCCGGCCUCUCCCGCCGCACCACCUGCUCGGACGUGGUGCGGGUGCUCUUGGAGGACGGCUGCCGGCGGCGAUGCAGGCAGCGGCGGGGCCCGCGACGGGGAUUGACGGAGGACCCUUCUGGCCAGUUGGAGCUGCCCGAGCCCCCGGACGAAAACGACGAGGAUGACGAGGACGAGAUGCCCCCGGGCAUGCUAUGUGGGCCCCCGCAGUGUUAUUGCAUCGUGGAGAAGUGGCGCGGCUUUGAGCGCAUCCUGCCCAACAAGACGCGGAUCUUGCGCCUCUGGACUGCUUGGGGCGACGAGCAGGAGAAUGUACGCUUCGUGCUGGUGCGCAGCGAGGCGUCACUGCCCAACGCCGGGCCGCGCAGCGCCGAGGCGCGGGUAGUGCUUAGCCGCGAGCGCCCAUGCUUGGCCCGGGGAGCCCCAGCGCGGCCCAGCCUGGCCUUGACCCAGGAGAAGCAGCGGCGGGUGGUACGCAAGGCCUUCCGCAAGCUGGCCAAGCUCAACCGGAGACGCCAGCAGCAGCCGUCGUCCCCUUGUUCGUCCACGUCGUCGUCCACCGCCUCAUCCUGCUCCUCGUCUGCUCGGACCCACGAGAGCGCGUCAGUAGAGCGCAUGGAGACGCUGGUGCAUCUGGUGCUGUCGCAGGACCACACGAUUCGCCAGCAGGUGCAGCGGCUCCGGGAGCUGGACCGCGAGAUAGACCGCUACGAGGCCAAGGUGCACCUAGACCGCAUGCGGAGGCACGGAGUCAACUACGUGCAGGAUACCUAUCUAGUGGGGGCCGGCAUCGACCUGGACGGGCCAACUCCUGAAGAGGAGCCGGAAGAUGCGACACUGGAGGAGAAGGGGACAGAGCCGGCGGCACCCCUGGACGGCGAGGCGCAGGCAGCAGCGCUGGAGGAGCUGGCCCGGCGCUGUGACGACCUGGUGCGGCUGCAGGAGGAGCGCGCCCAGCAGGAGGAGUUGCUGGAGCGUUUGUCCGCCGAGAUCCAGGAGGAACUGAACCAGCGCUGGAUGCAGCGGCGCAAUGAGGAGCUGGCGGCUCGAGAGGAGACCCCAGAGCCCGAUGGCAGUCCGGAGGGCGAGCUGCUACUGGAGCAGGAGCGGGUCAGGACGCAGCUCAGCACCAGCCUUUACAUCGGGCUGAGGCUCAGCACGGACCUGGAGGCCGUCAAGGCGGACUUGGAUUAUAGCCAGCAGCAGAGGGACAUUAAGGAGCGCGAGCUUCAGGGCCUUCUCCAGAGUUUGCGCACUUUUGAGCAGACGGUGGUGCACGAUGGGGCUCUGGGUUCCGGCGGACCCUCUCGGGAACCUCAGCCUCAGACCUGUGCAGAAAUGUGGGUAGACCAGGCCCGGGGACUGGCUAAGAGUUGCCCCGGCAACGAUGAGGACUCAGAUACUGGGCUGAGCUCCAUGCAUAGCCAAGAUUCAGACUCCGUACCCCCUGUGUGUGAAUCCCUUGUGUAGAAGUUGUAGGGAGUGAGCUUAGAUGCUUGCUUCAUGCACUUGCUUGGCCUGCUCAGGGACAUGAAGUGAGGCCGAGGGUGAGCUCAGAGUUCCCACGGGUGGGUCUGGAGAGUGAGUGUGAAGGAGGGACCUGGACAAGGAGGUCCUAAACUUCCUAAGCUUUAGAGGGAAAAGGAGUCAGGAGGUGAGAACCUCUCCCUGUUUUUAAAAACACAUUAGGUAAGUGACGAGGUCCAAGCCCAUUUUCAAAACAAGAGAAAAGGAAAAACACUACGGGACAUUUUUACCACUCCUGUGUAUGGGAAGGACUGAUGACAGCUAGAACUGUGGUCUGUGGCAUAAAGUGCUGCUAAAAGAAAACACUUGGAUGGAAAGGAAAUUCCUUGAAUGUUAAUUGUGACUGGAAACGUGUUCAAACUAGCCAUAGAGGACGCACUAGUGUCGGUCUCUGCCUUGCUUGACAUCUUUGAUAAAACCCAUAGGCAUCAAAA